CGGAAGCGGCGCUCUGAGGGCGGAGGGAAGAUGGCGGCGGCCGCGGCGGCCCCUGAGGACGAGCUGGUCUCGUCGGUGACGCUUUACCGGCGGCGGCCGCGGUUGCUCCGCGGUACCGUGCUGCCGUUCGCCGCCGGUCUCUACCCGGCCUGGUUGUGGUUGUGGGGGCCGCGGCUCUGGGGGCCGGCGGAGGCGGCGGGGCCGCCCGAAGCGGCGCUGUUGGCGCUCGGCGCCAUCGCGGCGCUGCAGCUGCUGACGGCGCUGGCCGGGCUCUGGUCCGUGCACGCCGAGUGCGCCCUCAGCUGCGUCAGGGAACCCUGUCCCCAAAAAGCCACCCUGGCCAAGGUGGUGCCAACCCCCAACAACGGCUCCGUGGAGCUGGUGCCGAUCUACAGGGAGCAGGGUGAGGACGGGCAGGAAGCGCUGAGCUUCGAAUUCCAGAAAAUCAAAUAUUCCUACGAAAUCCAUGGAAAAAAACAAUUCCUGCCUGUGGCUUUUCCUGUGGAGCAUCCCUUGGGAUUUUAUCAGAAUUCCAGAGGCUUCCAGGAGGAGCAGGAAAUCCGGGAAGCUGAGAGGAAAUUUGGGAAUAACAAGGCAGAAAUGGUGGUGCCAGAAUUCCUGGAGCUUUUCAAGGAAAGAGCCACGGCGCCGUUCUUCGUGUUCCAGGUUUUCUGCGUGGCCCUGUGGUGCCUGGAUGAGUUCUGGUACUACAGCGUCUUCACCCUCUCCAUGCUCGUGGCCUUCGAGGCCUCCCUGGUGCAGCAGCAGCUGCGCAACCUCUCGGAAAUCCGCAAGAUGGGGGAGCUGCUUCUGCAGGGCAGCAAACUCUACUGCAGGCUCUGA